UUUUUUAGGUCGUGCACCAACAGUUUCUUGACUUCCUGUUUCAUCAGGCACACAGUCAGCAUGCACAGUAGGUGUGUGGAGAGCAGGACCUUAAUGUUAUUGGCUUUCUACGCAAGCUAAAAGUCAGACACUUUAUUUUGAGCUACCAUCACCAGAGAUGGAGUUUGCUUGCAGUCAUGUUGUGUGUAACUGGAGGUCGGAGAGCUUAUCAGAAGAUGAAGCUAAAGUCUCAAAUCAAGGUUGUUCCUCCACGCUUCCCUGUGGUCUAUCCAGAGCUCAGUCCGAUCAUCCUUACGACAACCGCGUUACCUUUGUUCAGAAACCAGCUCCAUCAAUGGCUCCACCACCUGUUCCUCCCCGUAGCAUAGAAAGGAGAGGCACUCUGUUUAGAGCUCUUCCACCCCCACCUUUACCGCCGAGAGUUCUGAAUAAUAUUGGAGAGACUCACCUUAAAGCUAAUGUAAAUGUGGUGUCGCUAAAAGUGGGAAGCCUUGUGGACAUUAGUAAAGCAUCUGCUAUACAGUGCAGCCAAAAACCAGUGCAUUGUGGGAAAUGCAGUGCUGUCAUGUCCUCAGCAAGCAGUCCAGAGACACACCAUAAAACAAUAAUAUGGAGGUGUGAGUUUUGUGGAAAGGAGAACGUUUACCCUCAGACUACACUGAAGGGAGGCCGGUUUUCUUUGCGCAGUCCUUCAGGCAGGGAUAUACUGUACAUGGACGACGAUGAGGACACAGAGUAUGAGAAUCUAGAUGACAUGCUUAUUGUCCUGUGUGUGGACAUUUCCGGAAGUAUGAGCGUCACUUCUGAGAUCUCUCCUGGUAACGCCAUGCGAUCACCCACUUAUGUUUCACGACUGCAGGGAGUCCAAGAAGCUCUUCAGAUGGUGCUGUCCACCCUGCAGAAAACCUCAUCUCACCGAAGAGUGGCACUGGUGACAUUUAACAAUGAGGUGACAGUAUAUGGGGAUGGUACAAAGGUUCCUCUGACUCUGAGAGACUGGGCACUGGUGGACUAUGACUAUGUGAAGAAGGCGGGCGAGAACUACAGCACCCCUCACUGCAUCGCAGAGACCAUCCAACCUCUCACCCAGAAAAUCAAAGAACUCAGAGAACAUGGAGCCACAGCCCUGGGACCUGCUGCCCUCGUCUCUGUUGCCAUGGCAUCUCAGUUCACAGGGUCAAAAGUUAUAAUUUGCACAGAUGGUCAGGCCAACAUAGGCCUAGGCCAUUUAGAUCAGGAGUUUUCUCAUUGCCCCACCCCCUCACCUUAUUUCUACAAUCGGUUAGCCCAUUAUGCUGCUGAAAAGGGUGUGAUAGUGUCUGUGAUGACCUUUGAAGGAGAGGACUGUCGUUUGGCAGAGGUUGGGAGAUUGGCUGAUCACACAGGAGGCCGAAUAAAUAUUGUUAAUGUUGGUACAGUUGCCACAGAGAUCCAGAGCGCUAUAGCUGACAAUGUCCUAGCAACUAGUGUCAUGGCAACACUGCUGACACCAGAUGGCAUGUACUUCCCCUAUGAGGAGGAUAAUCAUCAGUUAGUACGAGAGAUUGGCAAUGUAACAGAUGGUGUUGAGAUCACCUUCCAGUUUGCAGUCAGACCAGAAAAAGUUGAAAGUUUCCAACAACGGGACCGGGUCCCUUUUCAAUUGCAGCUGAGUUUCAAGACUCGAGAUUUGCAGAAAGUGACGAGAGUCAUCACUCAACAGAAACGAGUCACCACUAGCAGGCAAACCACUCGAAAUAUUACACAAUAACAGCAAACAUACAGCUCUUGACACAUAUCACUUUAUAGUCUUGCCAUAAACUACAUGGUGAUUUAUAGUCAGCUGUUUCACAUCCAAAAUAUCUGCAGAAAUUUUAAUUGUAGACAUAGAAGGAAAAUGAUAUAUAUACAUACAUAU